CAGUGCACAGAGAGGGGGAAGGAUUCAAACAUUCAUUAGAAGCCACUAGAAUUACCCCGGAUGCUCAGAUGAAACAGUCUGAAACAAGAUGAAACAAGAAUAAACUACUUUAUUAAGAAGGCUUCUGCUGGAUUCAAUGCAACUCAAAGGAAAGGGGUAGCCAGGAGAUCCCCAGAGACCCUGGCACUGUGCUGAUAUUUGUUACAUAGACACAAGCUACAUAACAAUUUAUGGUCCCGAGCAGAAGCAGAGAGAACAGAAGCCCAGAGAUCCCAGCAGCCAUGGCCUCAGGGACUCCUGUACGGGAAAUCCAAGAGGAAACCAACUGUCCCAUCUGCCUGGAAUAUCUGAUGGACCCAGUCACCAUACAGUGCGGGCACAACUUCUGCCGAAGCUGCAUCUCUCAGUACUGUGAGACAUGGGAAGAGCAGGACUCUGACCCCUUGUGCUGCCCCAGCUGCAGAGCCCGAAUCCGGAAAGGGGCUUUCCAGAGUAAUUAUCAGCUAGCAAAUAUAGUGGAAAAAAUCAAACAAAUGGAUUUCAAACGAGGAAAAGAGAAUCUGUGUGAGAGACACGGCAAAGCCCUGGAUCUGUUCUGUGAAGAGGACGGGAAAGCCAUGUGUGUGGUUUGUGAGAGAUCCCUGGAGCACAGAUCUCACACGGUGCUGCUCAUGGAUGAUGCUGCCCAGAAAUACAAGGAAAAAAUCCAGGCUCAUUUGAAGACUCUGAGGGAGGAGAGAGAAAAGCUGCUGGGAUCUAAAGUGACUAGAGAGGAGAAAAGCCCGAAGUAUAUGAAACAGAUAGAAAAGAAGAGGCAGCAAAUUGUAGCUGAUUUUCAGCAACUGCACCAAUUCCUGGAGAAACAAGAGGAGCUCCUGCUGGCCCAGCUGGAAAAGCUGGAGGAGGAGAUAACGAAGAUACAGAAUGAAAAUAUCACCAAAGUCUCUGAGGAAAUUUCCCAUCUCAGUAACCUGAUCAGUGAGCUGGAGGGGAAGUGUCAGAAGCCAGCAAGUGAAUUCCUGCAGGACAUCAGAAGCACCUUGUCCAGGUGUGAGAAGGGGAAGUUCCAGCAGCCAGAGGAAGAGCUGCAGGUGGAGUCAAUGCAGGUGCCCCACUCCUCUGAGAACCAGGCCCUAGGACCUAAAAGUCGCCAUCCAAGAUAUAGACCAGAAAUGAGAGGCUGUCUGUUAAAGCUGGACCCAGCCCAUCACUCUGCUCUGGUACUGGAUGGCAGCUGUGCUGAGCCAAUGGGCUGUGGGGAAGGAGAAAGCUCCUCCCACACAGUGAGGAAUCCUCCAGCCAUGGGCGGCAGGUAA